UUACUGCCAGACCGCGCUGUAGUCUCACGCGGGAGCGUUUGUUAAGAUUCUGCGCGUCCGAGACUACAGUACCCAGAGUGCACCGCGGCCGGCAGACUGUAAACAUGCAUGGAGCCUGAAGGACGAAGACGCUGAUGAUCGUGUUUGUGCGGUACAACCUGGGGCCAGGUGUGGCAGUGGAGCUUCAGCAGGAGGCGAGUGUGGCCCAGCUGAAGGAGGUGGUGGGGAGUCAGCAGGGAGUCCAACCCGAGCACCUCAGGGUGCUGUUCGCUGGCAGAGAGCUGAGCAGCUCCGCUACACUGCAGGGUUGUGACCUCCCGGAGCAGAGUACCGUCCAUGUUGUUCUCCCUCCAUCAGGUUCCUCCUCCUCCCAGCUGCUCCUCCUGCAGGAGCGCCUGGCUCGAGGAGGGGAGGAGCAGCGCCACAGUCUGACCAGGCUGGACCUGAGCUCCUCACGCCUCCUCUCCACCUCCACUGGGCUGGCAGUGAUCCUGGAGGGGGCUGAUGGAGGAGCAGCGGAGGCGACAGAGGAGGUGCAUGCUGCAAGUGUGAAAGGUGUGCGUACUCGCAGUACUUUCUUUGUGUACUGUAAGAGCUGCAGCUCGGUCCAACCUGGAAAACUGAGAGUUCGUUGCAGAAGCUGCAGACAGACGACACUGACACUCAGCAGGGGUCCGUCCUGUUGGGACGAUGUUCUCCUUCGAGGUCGCAUCCAUGGUGUGUGUCAGUCAGAUGGUUGUGAUGGCAACGAGGCGGAGUUCUACAUGAAGUGUGCGUCCCAUCCGACCUCAGAUGACGACCUCUCUGUGGCCCUCGACCUUAUAAUGACCAACAGCAGAGACGUCCCCUGCAUCGCCUGCACCGACAUCAUGGACGUGGUUCUGGUCUUCCAGUGUUCUGAGCGUCAUGUGAUCUGUCUCGACUGUUUCCGUCGUUACUGUCAGACUCGACUCAGCGAGCGACAGUUUGUUUCUCAUCCUGUGAUUGGCUACUCGCUGCCUUGUGCUGCCGGCUGUGACGAGUCUCUCAUUAAGGAGCUGCAUCACUUCAGGAUUCUGGGAGACGAGCAGUAUGGGCGGUACCUGCAGUACGGGGCCGAGGAGUGCCUGCUGAUGACUGGAGGACUGAUGUGUCCGUCACCUGGCUGUGGGGCGGGGCUUGUUCCACCUGACGAUAGCAGGAGGGUGGAGUGUGACCGACAGCUCGGCUGUGGCUUCGUCUUCUGCAGAGACUGCAGGGAGGACUACCACCAGGGGGCGUGUCCCACUGAACUAGCCCCGCCUACAGGUGGAGCCUCACAGAGUUUCGUGGUGGAUGAGGAGGCGUCUCUCAGAGGGAGGUGGGAUCGAGCCUCCCUGCUCCUCCUGCAGGAGUCAACUAAACGCUGUCCUCAGUGUUCAGUUCCUGUUGAGAGAAACGGCGGCUGUAUGCACAUGCAGUGUCCUCUGUGUAAAGCAGAGUGGUGUUGGCUCUGUGGAGUCACCUGGAACAGAGAGUGUAUGGGAGACCACUGGUUCGGAUGACCGACACACACACACACACACACACACACACACACACACACACACACACACACGUUGAUUCAUUAUAUUGAUUCUUUAUAGAUGUCAGUUCAAAUCCAGCUGAAGCUCUGAUUGGUUCGAGAAUGUGUCAUGAAAACAGUUUCCUGUUUGUCUGUUCAAUAAAAAUGUUUAUUUAUUUAA